GAGGCAGUGAAAUUGCAAUGAAUAAAAAAGAGGGGCAGUGAACGUGAGAGAUUCUUUGUUUAUUCAAGAUUACUUCUCCCCAAUCCCCAUUUCUUGUUCUAUACAUAUACGCGGAGAGACACUGAUAUUUCUGACUACCCACAUCUCUCCUUCACUUCAAAACCCCUCUCCCUUUCCUCUUUAGCUUCACAAUCUUGGUGAGUGGCUUUGGAGCUGAAGAGAGUGACUGGGAGAGAAGAAAGCUGGGUUCUUUACCCCUUGUCUGAUAUCUUUUGUGUCAGAGAGACAGUUGAUUAAACUGAGGACCAUGAAGCAUAAAGAUAAAGAUGGGAAGCCCUUAACUCACCCGGAUAAAAGAUCCAGGAAAGUCCCAGUGGCAAUACUGUUCUUGGUUCUGUGUGGGUUUUCAUUCUAUCUUGGUAGGAUCUUCUGUUCUGAGAAGGAGAAAUUUGUUGUUAAUGAUGUUGGCAAGAAAGAUGAAUCUCCCCAGGAAACUGAAAUUUCCUCUGGCUCGGGCUCUAGCGCGCUGCAAAUCAAAGCCACUUCCUUUCCCGAGUGCAGCCCGGACUCACAAGACUACACCCCGUGCACAGAUCCGAAGAGGUGGAGGAGGUACGAUCCUCAUCGGUUAAGUUUCUUGGAACGCCAUUGCCCUCCGAUGUUUGAACGACAGGAAUGUUUGGUUCCUCCACCUGAUGGCUAUAAAUUGCCCAUCAAAUGGCCAAAGAGCAGAGAUGAAUGUUGGUACAGAAAUGUUCCAUAUGAUUGGAUUAACAAACAAAAAUCUAACCAACAUUGGCUAAAGAAAGAAGGGGAGAAAUUCCACUUUCCUGGAGGAGGUACAAUGUUCCCUGAUGGUGUUGGCAAAUAUGUUGAUCUGAUGCAAAGUCUGAUUCCUGGUAUGAAAGAUGGCACAAUUAGAACUGCCAUUGAUACUGGAUGUGGGGUUGCAAGCUGGGGAGGGGAUUUACUAGAUCGUGGGAUUCUUACGGUUUCUCUCGCACCCAGAGAUAACCAUGAGGCCCAGGUUCAGUUCGCUUUGGAGCGUGGAAUUCCUGCAAUUCUUGGAAUCAUUUCGACACAGCGCCUUCCUUUCCCUUCGAGUUCUUUCGAUAUGGCUCAUUGCUCAAGAUGUCUCAUUCCAUGGACUGAAUUUGGUGGACUCUACCUUCUUGAGAUAAAUCGUAUACUUCGCCCGGGGGGUUUCUGGGUGCUCUCUGGACCUCCGGUGAACUAUGAGCACCGCUGGAAAGGAUGGAACACCACAAUCGAAGAGCAGAAAUCAGAUUACGAGAAAUUGCAAGAAUUGCUCACUUCAAUGUGCUUUAAACUGUACAAGAAAAAGGAUGACAUUGCUGUUUGGCAAAAAUUAGCAGACAGCAGUUGCUAUAAGAAGCUUGAUGAUCCCGACGCCUACCUUCCAAAAUGUGAUGAUAGUACCGAGCCAGAUUCAGCCUGGUAUACACCACUUCGGGCUUGUGUUGUUGUCCCGAACCAAAAAGCUAAGAAACUCGAAUUAAAAUCUCUCCCCAAGUGGCCUCAGAGGUUGAGCACUGCUCCAGAACGCGUUUCCUAUGUUCGUGGAGGAAGCGGUGGUGCCUUCAAUCACGACAGCAAUAAAUGGAAGACGAGAGUGAAGCACUACAAGAAGUUGCUCCCUGCCCUUGGCACUGAUAAGAUACGAAACGUUAUGGAUAUGAACACGUUAUAUGGAGGUUUCGCUGCUGCCCUGAACGACGAUCCUCUAUGGGUUAUGAAUGUGGUUUCUACCUACUCAGCAAAUACACUUCCAGUAGUGUAUGACAGGGGUCUGAUUGGUGUCUAUCAUGACUGGUGUGAGCCGUUUUCAACAUACCCGAGAACAUAUGAUCUGCUUCAUCUAGAUGGCCACUUCACCGCGGAGAGUCACAGAUGUGAGAUGAAGUAUGUUCUUCUGGAAAUGGACCGCGUUCUGAGGCCCAACGGGUAUGCAUUGAUUCGGGACUCCAGCUACUUCGUUGAUGCUAUUUCGACGCUAGCCAAGGGGAUGAGAUGGAGCUGUCGUAAAGAGGACACAGAAUACAGCGUCGAAAAUGAGAAGAUCUUGAUUUGCCAGAAGAAGCUCUGGUACUCGUCGAAGAAAAGCUCGAGAUGAUGAAAAAAUAGCAUAAAGGAUACGGGUUUCUGUUAAGUCCUCCAUGGGGAGUUAUACUUAAGAUACCAACAUACAUAACAGAUAAGCAAAUUCCAAUAUCAGAUUGAAGAAAGUUGUAGCUGAAUAAUGCCAUUUUGCUGCUCUAAUUUCUACUUCAUUUUAAUGAUAUAUAUACAUAUAUUCUUUUGUAAGGUUCUGGGAUUACCCUGUUAUUGUUGUACUGUAUUCUUUUCCCUUUUUUUUUUUUUUUUUGGUUUUUGUCCCAAUUCUUUUCCCCAGAGAUUGCUGUGAAGAAUGCAUGUAAUCUGUUGGAAAUGAAAUGACUUCAUUGCAGCUUCUUAGCUAUAGUAUUAUUAUAUAUGUAAAACAGUCUUUUGA